UGAUCGAGAGGGAGGUUUUACCAAAGAACAAUGAGACUUGUGUAAACAGACUGGAAACGAAUUUAUCCUCUUCCAUGCUUGUAUGUCAAUGUAAUUCAUAGGACUAAAUUCAAAUUAUAUGUGAAAACUUCUUUUUCUGAAUUAUCAACAAGGUAAUAGGUAUAUCUUAUAUUUUGUUUGUAAUCUGAGUGUGACAAUUAUGAAUUUCUGUUAGCUCGAAGCUUACUUACAAUAGGAAUACGAUAACUCUUAUAAGCUUCCAACCAUGCUCUGUACGAAACCUGCUUCUAAAGCAGUAUAUCUGUGGUUCAUAAUUGAUGUGACGAGUGUGUCGAUGGUGAGUGUUGCCUGUCUAGAACUCAUACAAAUGCUGCUGAUAUCUCAUUAUCAUGUACCUACUGAAGAGGUUCGAGAAAAACUCGCGGUCAUGACGGCAAUUGCCAGUGUCCUUCAAUAUCUGUCUGCUACCUUCGCUGUUCCUAUCCAUUCUCUUGUCUUAAAGCGGUUUUCACCAUGGUAUACCGUUUUAUUUACUUGGUUAGGAGAAGAAUAUAUGCUUAUUUCAUCAGUUCUUGCUCUUUUGUAUUUCAAAGAGGCUUCAAAGAUCGUUCACUUUAUUGUAUACUCAAUCUCAAUAAUACAAGGACUUUCAGGAACUGGUCCUUCUAUUCAUGCCAGUUGGAAAGCUAUAGCUCACACAUCUUACAUUGAUGAGCCAUUCGUCCUUUUCGUUACUUCUAUUCCAAUGUUUUCUUUUUUCUUGGGCCCUUUUUUUGCGAGUCUCUUGCUUUCUCAUAUAUCCCUCUUUCAACUAUACAUACUGGCUUGGCUAUUACAUUUUGUUUGCGGCAUUACCUUCUGGUUAGUUUUCUAUCAUUCUCCCUCUUCUCAUUCUUUGUCCCCGGAAACGAAUCCCCUUUUUGUUACCACUGAGGCUACAGGAGUAAAUUGUCCUGGAUCAUUUCCCUCAGAUGAUGAAAAUCAGAGACAGAAUCUUAGUCUUCAUUUGAUAUCUAAUGUGUACAGAAAUUAUAUUAAGAAUAUAAAUGAUGUUCUAUUCAAUUCUUACUUUUUUCAACUGACACUUACUUGCCGCUUGCUAUUAUUGUCCUUCGUUUUUUACAUGCCUUCUGCAGUUUUUUUCGACUAUUAUGUUCAAUAUUUGCUUAAUGUUAAAAAAUUCCCAUUGGAAAAAGUCACCUUUAUUAGUUCAUUUCAAACGUUUGGCACGAUGUUAACUUGCUCUGUCUUGACAUAUAUGUCUGUGUUUGAUGAUUUGACGACAAAAGAUUUUCAUAACAUCUUAAUUUGGAGUACGUUUAUCCUCUCACUACUGACCAUGGCUUAUUACUGGGCAAUCGAAUCUUUCAUUCCCUUCCUAGCAUUUAUACACGGAAUGUCUCGCUCAAUGGAGCCUAUUUUUCAUUUCCUGCUAACCACAUACGCUCCUUCUGGAUCUCUGCACGAAUAUUGGAGACUUUCUGCAAUUUUCGAAGCUUUUUCUACCUGCUUUUCCCACCUAUAUUUGGUGUAUUGUUAUCUACAAGGCACAGAAAGGAAAUCCUUUUUAUUUUUCCUUGGUCCAGCUUUCCUUGCAUUAAUUUCUUGUUUUAGUUCCUUUCUGUUUCAUAAGUAUUCCUCUUAGACUUGGACUCUCAGAUGUCGAUGAUAAUUAUAUUUAUUCACUUUAAUCAUUCUCCAGCUAAUUUACGAACAAAACUAUUAUGAUUAUAUACGUUUUUUUCAUAAUAAAACUUACGAAAAAAAAUUUAGAAAACUACUUUGCUUUUAAGAGACCAUAAAGCCAACCAACAUUAAUGUCCGUCAACAAGAAUAACAAUAUUCAGCUUGUCCUGGUUUUCCUUAGUUCAUUUUUAUCAUUUUAUAAAAAAUAUCUGGAUCUGCUUUUUAAUAACAACUAGAACGGCUAGUAAUUAUAUCCAUUUGUUUCAUGUAUCAAAAAAAAGGUUCGAUCAAACACAUCCGGAUAACUAAAAUAAUUUCAACACAAACAAUUUAUUCGCAAAGUAAUAAUUUACCAAAUAAUCGCAAAGGGAUAUUGAACACAGUCUCUUCCCGACAGUAGAAGUGUUAUCCAUAUUCCAAACACUU